AUGUUUGAGUAUACAAUGCCUUGUGGGGGCUUCAAAACACUGACGACAAUGACUGACACUACAAUCAAAUUUGAUUCUCCAGUUUACGAGCAGCGAUAUUGUGCGGCCAUUCAAAUACUGGAGGAUCCGCGCUGGGCUCAUGAAAUCAAAAAAGUUACUGAAUUUGGAUGCGCGGAGAUGCGACUUUUUCAAUUAAUGCGACGCAUCGAAAAUAUUGAGCACGUCCUCCAGGUGGACAUUGACCAUGAACUUUUAAGAACAUAUUUAAGUCGCAUCAAUCCAUUAUGCUCUGAUUAUCUUAGACAACGUCAGAGUCCAUUGCACGUCGAGGUUCUGCAAGGCAGCGUAGCGGAUUCGGCUGUGGAAUUGAGAAAUACAGAUGCAGUCAUAGCCUUGGAACUUAUUGAGCAUGUAUACGAUGAUGUGCUGUCUAAAAUACCAAUAAAUAUAUUUGGCUUUAUGCAGCCAAAAAUUGUGAUUUUUAGUACACCAAAUUCGGAUUUCAAUAUUAUAUUCACUCGCCUCAAGUCGUUGCUGUCAAAUGGAUUUCGACACCAUGAUCACAAGUUCGAAUGGACAAGAGAAGAAUUUAAAAACUGGUGCUUGGGCAUUACUGAAAAGUAUCCCAAUUAUAUGUUCUCCGUACUGGGAGUAGGUGAACCGCCCGCAGGCCUCGAAUCUGUGGGUCACGUCUCGCAAAUUGCGCUGUUUGUGAGGAAAGACAUGCUGGGCAUGCCAUUGAUGGAACCACUUACACUUAAACCUCUCCCAGUCGGUGAAUCGCCUUACAAAAUUCUGCAUGCUGUUGAUUUUCCAUUCUAUAAGGACACGCGUUCGCUGGAGGAGAAGAUUUGGGUAGAGGUUCAAUCCGAACUACAUAGCUGCACACUGAACGAGGCUAACUAUGACGACGAGAAGUGUGCCUACAAAAUGUCCAUAGCUCUGCUAUUGAAACGACUCGAGCAUAUGGGCGCCACAAGGAACAUUUUGGAUCAACUCUUGGCGGAGCAUAAGAAACAGAUUGAAAACGAUUUCGUUCUGAUCGAGGAAGAGGAGAACGAUUCCAACAACAGCGAAUCCAAUAUAUUUGCUGAGGAAGAGGACAAUUCAAUUAAGCCCGUCUGCGAGACUGAGGAAGAAAACUGGGAUACAUAAAUAAUACAAGAAAUUUCACACAUGUAUUAAUUGCCGCAAACAGAACAUAAAUCUAACAAGUGCAACUGUU